AUGUUCAUCCCUAGAUGUGCAUGGGCCUCGGUUCUCGCGACUGCUCAGGGGCUGGACUCGCCUGAGGCCAACGACUUCUACUCGCACCAGUUUGCUCAAAUCAAGCUCGACAACUGGUCGAAGGGCAGGAUUGCGGUUCUCGGGGACUCCACCUCCUGCCCGGCGCCCCUUACCGGUCAAGGGACCUCGUUGGCCCUUUGCGGUGCCUACGUUCUGGCUGGCGAGAUAGCCCGGGCCUGUAGCAAGGCCGCCGAGAAGGAGGAUCCCACCCCAUGGGACAGCAUCCCUGCCGCGCUGAAGGCAUACGAGACAACGUUGCGGCCGCUGGUGCACAGCAUACAAGGCGACUCGGUCAAGGGCACCGUCAACCUCAUGUGCCCGGGCAGUGGCUGGUUUAUCGAUCUUUUGCAACUGGCUUGUUCGUUGUAUACGAAGCUGCGCCUCGACUGGCUUGUCUCCCGGUUGGGGUCGGACAACUGUUGGAAGGUAGACCAGGAGGUCUGA